AUGGCUCUCUCAAAUAUACCGCAGGCAGUAGCACCCGGUGACACUUUUUCCUUUUCCUUGCAUCUGCGUCACUCUUGCUCUGGCAGUGUUUUGGGCUUUGUACGGGUCGAGAUCAUAGGUACUGAGCAUACUAUAGCCGGCAACUGGGGCGAUUCAAAUCCUUCUUCGCGUAUAUUUACACUUCUUAGCACCGAAAUUCCCCUUAACUGUCUGAAUUCCGGAAAAGAAGAAAUUAUCCCACUUGCGCUACAAUUUCCAUGUGCUAUUCAGGCGCCAAAUGGGCACAUUCACUGUGUUAUACCGCCCACAGUGGGGUCAUACCAGCAAGUUUGCAGGCCCGUAAAAGGUAUCUGCGUUCAAUACUUUUUGAAAGUUAGUGCACCUGGAUCUUCUGCAGCUACACAGAAGGAGUUAGUUGCCCUUCCCAAAGAGACUGGCUUUGACAUCAAGAGAUUUGUUGAUAUCUCGGGUGCUCCCUUAUAUCGGCAAUACUCGUUGAAAAAACAGCUGCGGGGAAGUUUACUUUGCAGUUCAAAUAAAAAUGAACUACUUCUUUCCGGCGGAGUGUUGUUUGGAGCAGAAGGGGAAGCAAAUUUCAAUCUAUCUUUUGCACACCCCAAUCAUCCAUCGUUCUCUAUUUCUUAUGCUCUUUAUCAGGUCCACUACUCAACGUUAUCGAAAAUGGGCCAAAUUCUUGACGAAACUAAAAACAUUCAAAUGCGAAGGAUAAAGAUUUUCAGUAAAGACGUUCCUGACUUUACCUGGACAGAGAAACUGAGAGUUCUCACCGUUCCCUACACAAUAGCCGAUGCUGAACCGAAUUUUGUCAGUGAGAUAACAGCACUAUCGUAUUUUUUUGAAAUUCGUAUCAAGUUUCGUUGGGGUUUAGCGAAAUUGGCCGUUCCUCUGGUCUUGGGGAAUGAGCCUUCUUCACCCCCCGCGUACCACGUUUAA